CGCGUGACUUCGCGCCGCUCGUCGCGGCCAGCCGACCAGCUGCGCAGCUCACUUCACUUCAGAGGCCUGCGAGCAACGGAGCGAGGCGGACGCGUGCGUUUGUUGUGUCAAGUCGGAGCACAGGUACAGGUACCGAGCGGUGCUGCGUGUCCCUUCGACGGAUACCUUUAAAAGAAGAAACGGGUUCGGAGCGAGCGGCGGUCGCCGAGUAAUUCGUAAGACACCGUCUUCGUCGUCGUCAUCGCCGUUCUCAUGCAUCGUCCAAGCACGCGGUCGAGCACGCGCCGACUCGGGAUGUACCAGGUAUUUAUAUAGUACCGACUACUGCCGCCUUAGAGUAUCGCACAUUCGUUCGCGCACCCUCGCCUCGCCGGAAGAGCAAGAUCCCUUUCGAGGAAGCGCCAACAUCAUCGCCGUCGUCGUCGUCGUCGUCGCGAAGAGGAACAGAGAAGGAGGAAACGAUUCGGUCAAAACGGAAGUAGGACCGUCAUCAUCGUGGCGACGAUGGAUCAGAAACGCGUGUACAAGAUUGUGUUGACCGGAGGACCGUGCGGUGGCAAAACAACCGGGCAGACCAGGCUGUGCACCUUCUUCGAGAACAUGGGCUGGAAGGUGUUCCGUGUCCCCGAGACAGCGACCGUGCUGCUCAGCGGCGGCAUCAAGUUUUCAGACCUGAACGCGGAAGAGGCGUUCAAAUUUCAGGAGAAUCUCCUGCGCACGAUGAUACAAAUAGAGAACACAUUCUUUCAACUGGGUGAAAGUUGCUCCAGAAAUUGCUUGAUCAUCUGUGAUCGUGGAGCGAUGGACGCCUCCGCUUUCAUUUCGAAAGAUAAAUGGGAACUCAUGAUGGCUUCCAACGGAUGGAACAAUGUCGAGCUAAGAGACAACAGGUACAAUCAAAUCAUCCACAUGGUUUCGGCGGCGAACGGCGCUGAGGAGUUCUACUCCACGGAGGAGCACGCGUGUCGCUCGGAGGGUGUUGAGCUCGCUCGCGAACUCGACUACAAGGCCGCAGCCUCCUGGGUUGGCCAUCCAUACUUCGACGUGAUCGACAACUCCCAGGACUUCGAGUCCAAGAUCUGCCGAAUGAUCGAGUGCGUGUGCCAGAAACUCGGCAUCGACACCGGCGAUCGGUUGCGCGCCAGCAGUCGCAAGGUCAAGUUCCUCGUGAAGGCGCCUCUACCAGCGGACACCGAGUUUCCGCCCUUUCAGGACUUCGAUGUUGUGCACAAUUACCUGCAAAGCAACAAUCCCAAAAUGCAGGCGCGUUUACGCAAGCGUGGCCAAAAAGGUCAUUGGUCAUACAUUCACACAAUCCGUCGACCGAAGAUGUGCGGCCAAGUAAUCGAGGUGAAAACUCAGUUGACGCAUCGAGACUACCUGAACAUGCUGGCUCAGCGCGACGAUUCGCACUUUACAAUCUUCAAGCGUCGUCGUUGCUUUCUGAUCAACAAUCAGUAUUUUCAGUUAGAUAUAUAUAGAGAGCCGGCGCACCCCAGAUGUCGAGGUUUGAUGUUACUCGAAACGUAUACAGCAUUGACGGGUGAUGAACUAAAAAACAUCCUGCCUCAGUUCCUGACAAUCGAGAAAGAAGUCACUAACAAUCCGGACUACAGCAUGUUCAAUCUCAGCUUGCGCGAAGAAUGGAAUAGUACCAAUAAAUAUUGCCACAAUAUGCACGGCACGAUGCAGUUGACAGAGAACCCAGGUAUCAACAAGCUCUCAAAGAGUCUAGCGGAAAUACAAAGCAACGGACUCGAUUGCAAAGCGAGUGACACGUUGAGUUCCAAUUUAAAUGGUCAACAAACAGUCUGCAACAAGAUCAUCAACGGCGUACAAAACGGUCUGGCAAACGGUAAAGCAUCAUUAGCCGAACGAUAUAAUAUGAACGGCGACGAUCAAAAAUCGAAAAUUUAUCAUUCUAAACUCGACGGUCCAAUCACAAAGCUGGACGAAAGUUUACGAAAAUUAAAAGUCGAAUCGCAGAAGAACGGAUUUCGAGAAUAGAUUUCAAUGGUUGGACGCCCGUGAACAAAAAAUUUGAAUGCAACAAAACCAUUUCAACUCGUGAAUAAUUCCAAACUGUAGCGCGGAUUUAUCAGUAUCGACGCGGACUAUCUAACUUAACAGUUUUGGAUAAAUAGUAACUAUAAUUAGCCUCUGAUAGGACCUCUGAAAUUUCACAUAGAUAAUAUAUCUAUUUUUUAAUCGGGCUUGCGUAUCGUACUUAAGAAAUCCCUGUGUGAAACUUUUAUGGCUAGUUUUGUCAACGUCGAUCGAACUUGAAUCGGAAUCCGAUGCACCUCACAAAUCUUUCGAAACGAAAGUUUAUGCACGAGAAGAUCAGUACUUAAAAGAUAUACAUCUAUACUUAAAACAUUUUUAAAUAAUAGAUUUUUCACUUUAACAUUUUCUUACGAU